UAAGGGUUACAUUCACGAUUCUCAGGGAACAGAAUUUGUUAUUCACCGUAGACUGUCAUCUGAGAUAGCAUUAUGUUUUCCACACUCGUGGCCGCUACCCUUGUGGCCCUUGUCUCUGCUGAUGGCAUCCCAGACUUCGUUGUUCCUGGAAAAUGCGCUAAAGUGGCCAACCAGGACAAGUUCGAUCUUCGCAAGUACUCGGGCCGCUGGUAUCAGACUCAGAUCAUCGACAACGCCUAUCAGCCAUUCACUCGCUGCAUCCACUCCAACUACGACUACUCUGACUCUGACUACGGCUUCAAGGUGACCACAGCUGGAUUCAGCCCCAGCAACGAGUACCUCAGAAUGCAGGGCAAGAUCUACCCCACAAAGGACUUCCCUGCUGCCCAUGCUCAUUGAUUUCCCUACCGUUUUCGCCGCUCCCUAUGAAGUGAUCGAGACUGACUACGACAGCUACUCGUGCGUGUAUUCCUGCAUCGAAAUGAGCGGCUACAAGGCCGA